UCGUUCUUUGCUUUCCUGUGUGGUGUCACGUGAUGCGGGUUAUGCUGAUGCUGGAUCUGCUGUUGAUCCCCGCGUUCAUCCGAACUGACUGUGGGUUCGUGGACAUGCGGUUGGUUUUCGGGAUGAGCGAAUCGUGUAUCUGCGAAGCCUUCAACUGGAUGUUGCAUUUUCUAGACUUCAGGUGGGGGUAUCUGCUGUCCCUCGACGUGGCACGCCUGCAGCCGCACCUGAUCGAGUUUGCGGAAGNACUCACUGUUGGGGAUUUAUCGAUGGCACCGCCCAAGUACUGGCAGCGACUGUUCUACAAUGGGCACAAGAGGAAGCACGCCAUGAAGUUCCAAGGGAUAAUUACACCAGACGGGCUAUUUGUGGAUCUGUGGGGCCCCGUGGCGGGGACACGUCAUGACAGCUUUAUGCUAGCGCAGUCUGGGUUGAUGGAGAAGUUGUCGAUGCUAAACAGCCCUACAGGCCAUCCGUACUGCUUGUACGGAGAUCCGGCGUAUGGACUGCGCAACCACCUUGUCUGUCCUUUUAGCGCGUCAAGUGUCGGCCCUUUUACGCCAGAGAUGGCCGACUUCAACAAGCGUACGAGCCACUGCCGCGUAACGGUGGAGUGGGGAUUCAAAGAGAUGACCGGCAAGUGGGCCUUUGUGAACAUGAAGCCGCAGCAGAAAUUCUUGCUAAGCCCUGUCGCCAAGCAGUACCGGGUAGCCACUCUGCUUUCUAACUGGCACUCAUGCAUGAACGGGGGCAACGAGAUUUGGCAAUACUUUGGCGUGGUGCCAUCCACUUUCGAGNGA